AUGAAGCCCAUAUACUGGCCCAAAGCAAGCCAAUUUUUGUAAUUAUUUCAAUGUCGGUGGUUAAGUUUCAUUUUUGUUCUCCCACCACCGCUAUCCACGGCGACGACCACUUUGCGGAUCGCCGGCAGGGUCCUUAGGCACACCCUCAGCCGAAGUCACCCUUCCAAUUCCUAGUUCAUCACUGAAGCUGAAGCGUACACUUGAUGCGUUGAAUCCGCAGGAUAUCAAGAGCAGAGUUGUUGAAUCUUAACCAUGAGGAGAGCUGGCUUCCACAGGCAGCAUGGGAGGCACGCUGGAGGCUCAGGAAUGAAAGGAAUGAUUGUGAAGUUAUCUCUUGCUGCUGUAGUGCUCUUGAUCUGCACGCUCUCCUUGUUUUUCUCCUCAACAGGAACUUCGAAUGUUCAAUCCAGCUAUCGCUCCGAGAUCCAUGUAGAAGAGCUAUGGAGCAACGCUGAUUCUGGCGGUUGGCGGCCAUCGUCUGCUCCGCGAACUCAUUGGCCUCCUCCUCCGAAUGAGAGCAAUGGCUACUUGCGCGUUCGAUGUAACGGUGGACUGAAUCAACAGCGUAGUGCGAUCUCUAAUGCUGUUCUUGCUGCACGGAUCAUGAAUGCUACGCUAGUGCUACCCGAGUUGGAUGCAAACUCUUUUUGGCAUGACGACAGUGGUUUCUAUGGUAUUUAUGAUGUUGAGCAUUUCAUCAAAACACUGAGGUAUGAUGUUAAAAUUGUGGAAAGCAUUCCAGAAAAUCAGAAAAAUGGCAAAAAAAAGAAAAUAAAGGCUUUUCAGAUUCGUCCUCCUAGAGAUGCUCCUAUAAGUUGGUAUACUAAUGAUGCUUUGAAGAAGAUGAAGGAACAUGGGGCAAUCUAUCUUACUCCCUUUUCACAUCGCUUGGCUGAAGAAAUUGACAAUCCUGAGUACCAAAGGUUGAGGUGUAGAGUCAACUAUCAUGCUUUAAGAUUCAAGCCACAUAUCAUGAAGCUAAGUCAAUCAAUUGUUGACAAGCUUCGAACUCAAGGUCCCUUUAUGUCUAUACAUCUUCGGUUUGAGAUGGACAUGUUAGCAUUUGCUGGAUGCUUUGAUAUAUUUACACCCCAGGAGCAAAAGAUUUUGAAAAAGUAUCGACAAGAAAAUUUUGCACCUAAAAGACUUGUCUAUAAUGAAAGAAGGGCUAUUGGGAAAUGCCCGUUGACUCCUGAGGAGGUUGGUCUUAUUCUGCGCGCAUUGGGUUUUGACAAUUCGACUAGGAUAUAUCUUGCAGCGGGUGAAUUGUUUGGAGGGGAACGAUUUAUGAAACCAUUUCGAAGUUUGUUCCCUCGACUUGAGAAUCAUUCUUCUGUGGAACACUCUGAAGAGCUGGCUGAAAACACUAGGGGAUUGGCAGGUUCUGCUGUGGAUUACAUGGUCUGUCUUCUUUCUGACAUUUUCAUGCCAACUUAUGAUGGCCCUAGCAAUUUUGCCAACAAUCUGCUCGGACAUCGUCUAUAUUAUGGCUUCCGUACGACAAUCCGACCUGAUAGAAAAUCUCUUGCCCCAAUCUUCACCGAUAGGGAGAAUGGGCGGACAGCUGGUUUUGAUGAAGCUGUUAGGAAAGUCAUGCUCAGAACAAACUUUGGAGAACCUCAUAAGCGUGUUUCUCCAGAGUCUUUCUAUACUAAUUCUUGGCCUGAAUGCUUCUGCCAAACAUCUGCAAAGAACCCUGCAGACAAAUGUCCCCCAAAUGACAUUUUAAAUAUUAUGAAUGACGAAUUAGAGAAAACAGAGACACACGCUAAUUCUACCAUACACAGCAUCGGUGUCUCUCUUGCUCUCAGAAAACAACUCAGAACAAUAUUUCCUUCACACCCAUCAAUGGCUUUCUCUUCUAAACUUGACAACUUCAUCCUCUCUGCCUACAAAUCGCAAAACUCCACUGCCCCACUUUCAAAAAUUCAACCUUCCUCAUUUCUCCCAUGUCCUUCUUCCUUGAAGCCUCAAAAGCUUCCCUUCAGAGUUCGCUACGAUUCAACCAUCCGAGCCACGUCAGCACCCUCAUCCCCUUCCACAGCCAUUGCCGAACCUGAAGGCAUUAAGAUUAACUCGAUUCCAACCAAACCCUUUGAGGGGCAAAAGACUGGUACUAGUGGGCUUCGGAAGAAGGUGAAAGUGUUUAUGCAAGAAAAUUACCUUGCAAAUUGGAUCCAGGCCCUGUUUAACUCAUUGCCUCCGGAGGAUUACAAGAGUGGUUUGUUAGUGUUGGGAGGUGAUGGUCGAUACUUUAACCGGGAAGCUGCACAGAUCAUAAUCAAAAUUGCUGCUGGAAAUGGUGUUGGAAAAAUUCUGGUUGGAAAGGAAGGUGUUUUGUCAACACCAGCUGUUUCUGCAGUAAUAAGAAAGCAAAAGGCAAAUGGUGGAUUUAUUAUGAGUGCAAGCCAUAAUCCCGGUGGUCCUGAAUAUGAUUGGGGUAUUAAGUUUAAUUACAGCAGUGGACAACCUGCACCAGAAUCCAUCACUGACAAGAUUUAUGGAAACACGCUGUCGAUCUCUGAGAUAAAGAUCGCUGAUGUUCCUGAUGUUGACUUAUCCAAAGUUGGGGUUACGAAGUUUGGAAGCUUCAGUGUGGAAGUAAUAGACCCAGUCUCUGACUAUCUGGAGCUACUGGAGACAGUAUUUGAUUUUCAGCUAAUCAAAGGACUUCUUUCACGUCCAGAUUUUAGGUUUAUAUUUGAUGCCAUGCAUGCAGUUACUGGUGCUUAUGCUAAACCCAUCUUCGUUGAUAAACUUGGUGCAACUCUGGAUUCAAUUUCAAAUGGAAUUCCUUUGGAAGAUUUUGGACACGGCCAUCCUGAUCCUAAUCUAACAUAUGCAAAGGACCUUGUAAACAUUCUGUACGCUGAAAAUGGACCUGAUUUUGGAGCUGCCAGUGAUGGGGAUGGUGAUAGAAAUAUGAUUCUGGGAAGAAGUUUCUUUGUAACUCCUUCAGACUCCGUAGCAGUUAUUGCAGCCAAUACAGAAGCAAUUCCAUACUUCAAGAAUGGCGUGAAGGGUCUUGCUCGAUCAAUGCCGACAAGUGGUGCUCUUGAUCGUGUUGCUGAAAAACUGAACCUCCCUUUCUUCGAGGUCCCCACUGGUUGGAAAUUUUUUGGGAAUCUUAUGGAUGCUGGGAAUUUGUCAGUUUGCGGGGAAGAGAGUUUUGGAACAGGGUCUGACCACAUUCGUGAGAAAGAUGGCAUCUGGGCUGUCUUAGCUUGGCUUUCUAUUAUUGCACAUCGUAACAAAGACAAGAAGCCAGGGGAGAAAUUGGUCUCUGUAUCCGACGUCGUGAAGGAGCACUGGGCAACUUAUGGAAGGAAUUUCUUCUCUAGAUAUGACUACGAGGAAUGUGAAUCUGAAGGUGCCAAUAAGAUGAUAGAAUACCUACGAGAUAUUAUAGCCAAGAGCAAGGCCGGUGAUAAGUAUGGAAGUUAUGUCCUUCAGUUUGCAGAUGAUUUUACAUACACCGAUCCUGUAGACGGAAGUGUGGUAUCAAAACAAGGCGUUCGGUUUGUUUUUACAGAUGGCUCAAGGAUUAUAUAUCGUUUAUCGGGAACUGGUUCUGCAGGAGCAACUGUUAGAGUAUACAUCGAACAGUUUGAACCAGAUGUUUCUAAACAUGAUGCUGAUGCUCAAAUUGCCUUAAAACCAUUAAUAGAUUUGGCAAUAUCCGUGUCAAAGCUCAAAGACUACACAGGGAGGGAGCAACCUACUGUGAUCACAUAAUGGACAAUUUCACCACCACUUAAUCAAGUUGUGAUGUGUACCAAGAUGUGCUCUAAGUUGAGUUCAUACGCAGGUUGUUUGUUACACGCGUAUCCAUAUCAGAGCUCGCUCGAGUUCAGAAGCAUAUGGUUGUUCAAAAAUUUUGGAGCGAUAGGUCCCUUGUAAAAUAUAGUACGUCUUCUGUUUAUGUGCAAAAAAUGAUGCACCGUUGUGCGACAAAUCAAUAAUAAUGAUAAUGGUUUUCUGCUCUAAGUAGCUAAUCUUUUCAAAGUUAUGUCCCAUUUCUAAGUUGAGAAACUGGAGUUUGUUACUUCUCAAGCAGAAUAACAAUACCAGAUAUGUUCCAAGCUUCUUUU